AUGGAGGACCAUCCGAACCAGUCGGGGGGGAGGGGGGGACGGAAGGGACCCACCUCUCUACGGCUCACUAACCUGCUUCCAUUUACGGAAGCCAUCAUGCAAGCCCAUAUGCCAGAAAAGCCCCCUCCGACGUUAGAAAGAUACGACGGUUCAGCAUACCCCGACAAUCAUCUCCGCAACUUCAUCGAUGACAUGGCGUUCUACACGGACAAUGAUCCCGUCAUUUGCAGAGCUUUUUCGUUAUCCCUGAAAGAUGAGGCACUCGAGUGGUACCACACUCUUCCUCAGAAUUCGGUAGAUUGCUUCGCUACCGUAGAAGCUCUGUUUCGAAAACAAUAUGCUAUAAACCGAAGACCGGAGAUGACUCCUGCUGAGCUUGUGAACACCAAGCAGGAGAAAGAUGAGACCCUAAAGGCCUUCAUGCAGAGGUACAACGAGACGGCCCGACGUGUGAAGGAUGUAAACCACACGUUUAUAAUCAGCAAUCUACCUUCCUGUUUACGGCCAGGGUAUUUCGCCGAACAGCUGUACGCAGAUCCUCCCAAAUCUAUGGAGGAACUCCAGGCAACGAUCGCAACAUUCAUCCGCAUCGAGGACCUCAGGAACUCAAGGAAAAAGCAACAACAUGAAAGUCCGAACAAUAAUACUAAGAAGGACAUGAAACGGUCGUCUAACGACUAUAAAACAAAUCGACCCCCUCGAAAAGAGUCGGGGUGGAUGCCCAAGUACGAACGUUAUACAUCCCUCAACGCACCUAGGGCGAAACUGCUCGAAGAGGCAUUGCACGCAGGACUCCUCACCGUUCGGCGGAAGGCUACUCCCAAGAACGCUGAUGGCAGUAAAGCGUGUCGACUUCAUAUGAACCAUGGUCAUGAUACAGAAGAAUGUAACAUGGUGAAAGAUGAGUUGGAAAGACUCAUCCGCGUGGGCUACCUCCAAAAUUACGUAAAGGAGAGGACAUCCACCAGAGUAGCAACUCCCAACCGGAAGGAAUCCUCCCGACGAAGCCCCGAACGAUCACCUCCUAGGGACGACUAG